CCAAAAUGGCGGACUGGACGGCUGCGAUUAAAACAUGUAUGAACUAACGGCGAUAUAGAGUCUUAAAUAUUCAUCUUUUCCACAGGCCACGAACAAAAGUUGAGGUUGUAGCGACGGAGUGUUAUCCGAAGUGAAGAUUGAAGACGUGAUAGAAGAUGGACGACUACUGAAGUAUAACCCAUUUAUCAUUUAUUUACUGCUAUGCUAAGAUGGCGACGUCCGCUAAAAGAGAACAUGAAAGAGAAUCAGCGCCACCAACUUCCAGCAAAUCACCAACGGAGAUAAAGACGAAAGAUGAAGACAUCCAGCAGCUGAUUGGUCGUCCUGAAGAAUCUCCGCCUCAGUCGCAGGGGGAGAACUCUACUUUGAAGCAGGAAGCUUUACAGCCAUUUCACAUUAAAAAGGAAGAGGAGGAAGAGUGUCUUCAGUGGUCAGAGGAAGGUGAUACCACCAAGUUGCCACUUACUAUUCUCUCUGUUAAGACUGAAGAUGAUGAAGAGAAACCACAACUAGACAACCUCUUAGCUCCACUAUCAGACAGUGAGGCUGAAAAUGAGGUUGAAGAACCUUUGAGCAGCGAUACAGACUGUGAAGGUGAUAUGAGGACUCGCACUGACAACAAGCACUCCGACUGCUCUAAAGAGAAGACUUGUAAAACAGUUUUGAGCUGUUUAGUUUGUGGUACAAGUUGUACAAACAAAAGCAAUUUGACUCAACACAUGAGAACACACGCAGGAGAAAAAACAUUUUAUUGUUCAGUUUGUGGUAAAAGCUUUUCUCAAAAUAGCAGUUUGACUCAACACAUGAGAACGCACACAGGAGAAAGACCAUUUUAUUGUUCAGUUUGCGGUAAAAACUUUUCCCAAAAGAGCCAUCUGACGCAACACAUGAGAACACACACGGGAGAAAAACCAUAUGCUUGCUCAGUUUGCAGUAAAAGCUUUUUCCAAAAUAGCAGUUUGACUGAACACAUGAGAUCGCACACAGGAGAAAAACCAUUUAUUUGUUCAGUUUGCGGCAACAGCUUUUCUCAAAAUAGCAGUUUGACUCAACACAUGAGAACGCACACAGGCGAAAGACCAUUUGAUUGUUCCGUUUGCGGUAAAAACUUUUCCCACAAGAGCAGUUUAACUCAACACAUGAGAACGCACACUGGAGAAAAAACUUUUCAUUGUUCAGUUUGUUGCAAAAGCUUUUCUCAAAACAAGCAAUUGAUUGUCCACAUGAGAAAGCACACGGGGGAAAAACCAUUCAACUGUUCAGUUUGCUGUAAAAGCUUUUCUCAUAGGGGCAAUUUGACUAAACACAUGAGAACACACACUGGAGAAAAAUCAUUUAAUUGUUCAUUUUGUAGUAAAAGCUUCUCCUACAGACAGGGUUUGACUCGGCACGAAAUGAAACACACGGGAGAGAAAACAUUCAGUUGUUCCGUUUGUGAGAAAAGUUACACUCAAAGGACACACUUGUCUGAUCACCUAAGAACACACAGUCGAAAAAACGUCUAGUUGUUUGUGGUGAAAGUUCUCCUCAAAGUAACAUGAUGUCUCAUCCCACGAGAACACACACGGGAGGAACAUAUUUAGAUGCCCAAUUUACAGUGAAAGGUUUUUCAAUUGACAAAAUACACAUCAAUCAACACCCUGAAGAAAAGUGUUGCAGCUGCUCAGUAUGCAGUCAAAGACAUAUUUGCUGAAAUGUCACAUGAGAACACACACACAGAAAAAUAAAUUUGCUCAGUUUGUGUUAAAACAUUUUAGCAGAGACUAGGUUCUGGAUCCUAAAGUAGUGGUGCUUUGAUUAGUGGCAGCAAACACGGAACCCUCUCUCGAUGUUAUUGUUGUUUAUGGAAGUAGCGCAAUGUUGCUAUGCGCUCUGUGAAAUCAAUGCACCCUGGAAAUGUAUUACUGACAGAAAAUGCUCAAAAUGACAAAAUACUAUAAUUAUUACAUAAAACAUCGCAUGUUAUGAAUUUGUGUGUCACUAAUUGUCAGGUUCAAACACUGAUGACAUCUAUUAAACAAGACAAGAGGCAAGGAAUUAAACAGAGACCAAAUUCAAUUUGGCUCAAUCGAGGAGAGACGUCUGGGCUGUACUCUUGUACAGUCCCCAUCACGCUCUAGCGAAAGAUUGUACGCCUCCUCUUUUAUUUGGACUUUCCCUGAUUACAUGGCAACAGCUGUUUCUAAGGAACGGGGGUCGUAAACAGCCAUCGCCUUUGAUUACAACAGUUCAAAGAAAAGGUCGCCUUGAGGGGAGUCUGACCCUGCUUCAUCUCCGCUUCAUAGUUCUUGGGUCAAGACAACAUAUUUCUGUGGAUUACAAUAGAAGAAAGAAACAGAACACCUUCAUGUUGCUUCCCAUCCUACACAGUGGAGUUUUACAAGCCUUUUCUUGGUAGGAUCAAAGACACCUUUUGUCUUUUCGCCGGGAACUCAUGGCAACACAAAGUUUUGUGAUAACUUAGAUACAAUUAUUCUGACACUAUCUGUAUGUACAAUGUUGUUGGUUGUUUUAAAUGAUUGUAGAAUGUGUCAUAGGUGGACGAGAUAAAUCCCCAUUGCCUGCAUUGUUAGCUGCUUCAAGCUAGAAGUUUUUGACUAUUUAGAAUGCACAGAAAAUGGAAAAACAAGGGUGCUUCUCUCACAUAAAGAUUGUGGAUGAUGUCAUGAUUUUUGGAGUCACUUUAAUAACAUCCAGCUUUAUCUCACCGUCACACAUUAGUCAGUCAAGAUAGAGCUCAAAGAAAAACGACACACAUUCAGCCUUCACAAUAAAAGCGCUGUGCGGGCAAGAGUGCAAGUCAAAGUAUUUAGUAUAUUUAAAUAUUAAUAAGACAAAAAUACGUGUAAUAUAAAACUGACACUGUUGUUGGUAAUGCAGAUUGAUUUAUUGCUUGUAUUUUUUGAAAAAUACACGAGAAGACGACCUUGAAAAAAAGAAUUGCAAUA